GCGCCGCCGCCGCCGCCAUGCACAGUGCUCAGCUGGCAACAGGACCUGUAGACAAACAAACGGCCGGUUUUAUGCCGCUUUUACUCAUCUUUAGCGACAAAAUACGUGACCAUGAAUUAUUACAAAUCCGUCUUAAUAUGUCAGGUGGCUGUCCGUGAAUUUCAGAUAAUACACCAAAAAAAGAUUUAUCUCUGUGUUGCUGAAACAAGAUGCUAAAAAACUGGGGUGUUAUUGGUGGUAUCGCAGCUGCCAUCGCGGCUGGUGUGUACGUUUUGUGGGGCCCGAUCACAGAGCAAAAGAAGAGAAAGAAAGGUAUGGUUCCUGGUCUGCUGAACCUCGGCAACACUUGCUUCCUGAACUCUUUGCUUCAGGGUUUGGCUGCAUGUCCGUCUUUCAUCCAAUGGCUGGAGAAGUUUUCAAGUUCACCAGCAAUCCAGUCAAGCAAAGAAAACAAGCUGUCUACGACACUGCUCCAGCUUCUUAAAGCACUGUCUAGUAAUGAGCCUGGGGAUGAAGAUGUGCUCGAUGCUGGAUGCUUGCUGGAUGUUCUCCGGCUCUACCGGUGGCACAUCAGUUCAUUUGAAGAGCAGGAUGCCCACGAACUCUUUCAUGUCUUAACAUCGUCUCUUGAGGAGGAGCGGGACCGCCAGCCUAAAGUCACCCACUUUUUUGACAUGCAGUCUCUUGAGAAUCUUCCUGAACAUGAUGAGAGAAGUAGGACUUGCAGAAGUCGAGCGCCUCUUCACCCGAUACCAAGCCCAUGGAAGUUUCAACAUCCUUUUCAUGGCCGUUUAACAAGCAACAUGUUGUGCAAGCGGUGUGAGCAACAAAGUCCAGUGCGAUAUGAUUCCUUUGAAAGCCUUUCACUGUCCAUCCCUUUACCUCAAUGGGGUCGACCGAUUUCUCUGGAUCAGUGUCUACAGCAUUUCAUCUCCUCAGAAACCAUCAAGGAAGUAGAGUGUGAAAACUGCACCCAGCUUCAACAUGGGACAGUAUUCAAUGGACAGAUUGCAGAAAGUCAGCGGACCACGUUUGUAAAGCAGCUUAAAUUGGGAAAGCUUCCCCAGUGCCUCUGCGUCCAUCUGCAAAGACUCACAUGGUCCAGCGAAGGAACCCCCAUUAAAAGACAAGAGCAUGUACAGUUUUCAGAGUAUUUAUCUAUGGACCGCUACAAACACAACGCCUCUGCACAGAUCAUUAAGCAGACGAAACAUUUGGCCAAGCACCAAAAAUCUGAGCAAUCAGAAAAGGUUAUGGAGAAGCCUGCUGCUAAUGGCACUGAUGAAGAGCAUCAUAACAACAACAAACCCUUUACAAACGGAAACUGUUCAUCUGUUUGUUUACACUCUAGUGGGACAACUCAGUUGGGCUUCAUGUUUGACUUUCGUUCCACAGAGUAUCUCUUCCAGCUCACGGCCGUGCUGGUUCACCACGGCGACAUGCACUCUGGACAUUUUGUAACGUACCGCCGCAGCCCCUCUCUGCCACACAGUUCCUCACCCUACAUCUCCCGGUGGCUCUGGGUGUCCGACGACUCCGUUCGCAAAGCCAGCCUCCACGAGGUUCUGUCCUCUAACGCUUACAUGCUCUUCUAUGAGAGAGUCCGCAGGCAGAGCACCGCCUUGCAUCCAGAGGGGUGAGAGCUCAGUGUAUCGCUGCCUUUCCGUACUGUCACAACUGGAUAUGCCCAUUACUACAUGGACAAUGGCAAUUUGACACCAGAAAGAGUGAAGUCAUUUGACAGCAAUUUAUUACAUGAAUGGAUCAUAUCAAGCACCGGAAGUCAUGAUGAGAUGUUGCUGCUCUCAUCCAGAACAAUCCCCCAAAGAAUAUGGACUUACUUACUCUGUUGUAUUUGAUCUGCAAGGGACAAGGUUCCUCCUGGAUAACAUCUCUUCAUCUUUUUUGUGUGAAGCAUUAACUCUUGACAUUGUAAGAAACUAUUUGAAUUGCGAGCUGGUACAAUUAUUUUGUCAAUGAUGAGGACAUAGAGAAGAAUUAGAUGAUUUGGAAUGGGAGACGUCACAGUUUCUAAGCAUUCCCAGCAAUCUAUGUAUACAUAUUUUGGAAAUUAUGCAUAAUAUACAUAGAUACAUAUGCAUAAUCAUCUAUAAUUAUUGAAACACAGGAUUACUUUCAAGAUGUGCAUACUGUAGUUGCACAAAGUGCCAUUUUGUCAGUCAAGAUUGUUACCACAUGAAGCCCUGUGUGCUAAUGUAAAAGUGGCAAUGUGCUCCAACAUGGACGUUGAAUGGCUUUGUUGAUGUCACGAUUUAUCAUUACAUCACGAGAGGUGGUUUAGCUGCAUUUACUAGUAACUGCCAUUUUCCUCCUUCCAAACCAGCUGAGAAGGAAGUAGGUGGCGCAAAAGCCUGUUAAUGUUUGCAAUUUGCACUAUUGUACAGUAUGUUCAUGUGAUGUCAUGUUUGUGUGCAAUCUCUAAAUCGACCAUUAAAAAGGAUAAAAGUCAAUGUUUUAUUUUUGGCAAGCUACAUAUUUGCAUAUGUGCAAGUAGUUUAUAAUAAACAGCUGAAU